GUCUGUUUUAAACUGACCAAUCAAUGGUAUUAUAAUAAUUAGUUAAAAACAACGUUCUGCUGCAAGUCGCCCAAUAAAUGACGGAUUUUCCGCGAGUUUCUCAGUUUUCGCGGCUCCGGCGCGCGCUGAGUCCCGUCAGGCUUCUCUGAAGCGGAGCGCGCGCCGGCGGACCGUUUAACGUAACUAACGGUCAUUCGCCUUUCGCCUUCUUACCGAGUGUUUUACUGUAACAUUGGAGGGUUCAGAAAUCCUGCCUGCUCGUGAACACAUUUAGUGCUCUAAGUUCUUUUUUUCCCCAUCAUAUUUAUUUAACAUCUAUGAUGUAUUAAAACACCGGCGUUAGAUACUGUAGUUAUCCAUCGUCAGCGCAGGGCUUCUCAAACACUAACUGGUUUGAAGUUUCUCGAACCUUCUUCAAGUUCAACUACAUUUUUACAAAAAAACGAAAACAGUUUUCUGAGUUCACCCGUGGUCCUCGUGUUUGUUUGAAAUUUGGAGCUGCAAAGAGAAGCAAAUAUAAUCAGGUGGUGAAAUGUGUUCUGUUGUUCUGUCUGUGUCCAGUAAAAUCGAACUCCCGCUUCAUUUACUUCAAGUCCUACUGGCACCUGUGUUUUGUGUGAAAAUGUCCAGCCCAUUGGAGAGGGAGACCUUGCUGGUGGCAAAGGAUUAUGUGGGUUUCUGCACUGGGAUCCGGCAAGACCCUCCAAGCGAGUCAGCCAAAGCCAUGAGACAACUGGCGAAGCAAACGGAGAGGCAACAUCGGUCAACAUUUCAAACCUUAGUGCAGAACUUCUUGGACAACUCUGAACCCGACUUCCUGACCAGUCUGAAGCAGACCAUGGCAGCGCUGGCGCAUGACGGACAGUUGAACUGGGGAAGAGUCGUAGCGCUUUUUGCAUUCGCAGGAAUGCUAGCGAGCGAGCUCUCAUCCCGGGGAGUGGACGUCAGCAACAGAAGGUUAGCGGAGACGAUCGCUCGCUACCUCAGCGAGGAGCACGGAGAAUGGCUUCUGCACAACGGUGGCUGGGUCGGCUUCCUAUCCUUUUUCCACAUGGUGAGAGGUGCGGACUUGGGGUUGUUCCUGAGGAACGCUUUCUUUGCAGUCUCCGUUGCGAGCAUUGCAGGGAUAGCCGCCCUUCUUCGCCCUGGAAGACUUCCUCUGGGGUCCUUGCUUCGGCUGUUUUUUGCCUGAAGGAUCAUGUUCUGAUCCUAGCAAAAGUCAAAUGUAUUCGUUGUCAUAAUUGUUUGUUUUUUUUUUUUUUAAUUCUUGAUUUCUGACCAGUUUUGGAAUUUUUUAUGACGUUCUAGUUCCAGCUUUAACUACUAUGGUCAAAAUCAGCUGGCAUUAGUCAAGCAGCUUUCCUGUAUUUUCCCUGCAGAUGUAUAUAUUUCUUCACUUGUUAUUCUUUUUGAUUUAAUUAAAAAAUUAGCCCAUUAAGAGACUUGUGUGCUCAU